UUCUUUAGCGCAAGCUACAUUAUUGCACCCUUAUUCUACUCCCUCCUCGAUAAGACCUUGGUCGAACUGCAGACGGGCAACUACAGCCAGCUUCAAUUCGUCGCCAUCGCCGCCACAAUCUCAACUUUCGCUCCCGUCUACGACGAUCGCAUGUCCCGAACGCUGAUAAACUGCUUGGACGCUAAUGGUCGCUCAAACUACACUGAAUUCGGUGCGUACAAGGAUUUCGUUAACUCCAUGGCUAGUUCAAGCGCGUAUGCUGGGUUGAAGGUGGCGACCUUUAGCGGGCCCAUUUGCAGCCAAUUGAACUUGUUCCCGCCGGAGAGUCAAGCUUUUGAUGGCAUUCCGAGGGUUGAAGGGAGGAAGCUUCCGAUCUUGUUCGUCAGUGGCAUUGCAGAUCCCAUUACGCCCUUGCCCUCAGCAGAGAGGAUGCAGACGUACUUCCCUAGCUCAGGUCUGCUGAAAUGGAACAACAGUGGUAUAUGGAAGCAUUGCGCACAUUUCCAAAAAUCGGCUUGCGUGUCGCAAUACGAGAAGCAGUUCAUGCUUCAUGGCACAAUCCCGCCAGCCAAUACCACGUGCGACAUCGACCAGCCGAAUCCGUUUUUGAUUGCUGUUGAGCAAUUGGCGGAUGAUGCGCAGAGCUAA